GGACAACCGACGGCUGGGAAUGCUCAAGAGCUCCCCCCUAGCAAAAUUCCCUUCAGGCUUGCGUCUUCUCUAUCCAAUCUAGCGCUAGCGGGAAGGGCGCAUUUGAUUUGCAAGGCGCAGGGAGAGGUGCAUUUGAGAGCAGCCAUGGCGUCCUCCAUUGCAGCAGCUUCCCUGUCCUCUGCCACCAGUUUUGCUGCUGCCAGGACUUCACAGAAGCAGACCCGGGCCCAGGCGGCUGCUUUCGUCCAGCCAUCCCCAAAGCUUGGGUUCUUCCAGAGCAGUGCAUUCUCGCAACUCCCCACACAGACCCCUGUGCAGCAUGUUCAGCAGGCUAACAAGGGAGUCAGGGCAACUGCCGCCACUGCUCCUCCGAAGGCUAAGGCGAAGAAGGAGUCUAAGAAGGAUGAUGAGGGCAUCUCCGUGAAUCUCUUCAAGCCUAAGGAGCCGUACACUGGCAGGACACUUUUGAACACCAAGAUUGUUGGGGAUGACGCCCCUGGCGAGACCUGGCACAUGGUGUUCAGCCACGAAGGCAAGGUCCCCUACAGAGAGGGGCAGUCCAUCGGCAUUGUGCCUCCUGGCAUGGAUGCGAAUGGCAGGCCGCACAAGCUCCGGUUGUACUCCAUUGCUAGCAGCGCCCCUGGCGACUUUGGAGAUUACAAGACCGUUUCUCUUUGCGUCAAGCGGCUAGUAUACACAAAUGACAAGGGCGAGGAGGUGAAGGGAGUGUGCUCAAACUUCCUCUGCGACUUGAAGGCCGGCGAUGAGGUUCAGAUCACUGGACCUGUCGGAAAGGAGAUGCUGAUGCCCAAGGACCCUAACGCUAAUGUUAUCAUGCUCGGAACCGGCACUGGGAUUGCCCCCUUCCGCGGCUUCCUGUGGAAGAUGUUCUUUGAGAAACGGUCAGACUACAAGUUCAACGGGUUGGCCUGGUUGUUCCUGGGAGUUCCUACCAGCAGUUCCCUUCUGUACAGAGAGGAGUUCGAGUUGAUGCAGAAGAAGCACCCCAAGAACUUCCGGCUCGACUUUGCGGUGUCCCGUGAGCAGAAUAACGCGAAGGGCGAGAAGAUGUACAUCCAAACGCGGAUGGCCGAGUACGCCGAGGAGCUGUGGGGCCUGCUCAAGAAGGACAAUACGUACACCUACAUGUGCGGGCUCCGGGGCAUGGAGAAGGGGAUCGACGACAUCAUGACGUCACUCGCCCAGAGGGACGGCAUGGACUGGGCAGAGUACAAGAAGGAGUUGAAGAAGGACGAGCGGUGGAGCGUCGAGACUUAUUAGAAAAGGACGGCAGGUUUACAUUUUCCUCCACAGCGGUUGCCUGACAUAGUUGCCGAGUAGUGCCAGGUACCUUUAGGUAGAGUUGUUAGGAAACAUGUUGAAGGUAGUGCAGGCAUUUUGGAACGCUCCACGGCCUGGCUUUGCAAGGUUCAGGGCAGUCACUCGGCCUUGCAAACCAUGAAUGUUCAAACCUGAGUGAACCACUCAUGUACAGGUUCCGGACAAGCCACUUGAAACCGCGACUUUGCAAUUUCCAUUGCUUCUAUGCAAUUGACACACCUUGCUCCUUACAUUUCAUCUUCCUCACAUUACCAGUUGGUACGUAGUGCUUUCGGCUAGAUCGAAGUCCGGACUUGGUUCUUCUGCAAAAUACGUGGAUCAAGUGACGCUACAUAGCUGCGUGGCUCAGUCAUUAUGGUCGAUUCUCGCGG